CUUUAAUUUCUAUAUUCAGUUAUAUUGUUAUUGGAAUUACCAUUAAGUGCUUAAAAUGAGAGGACAUAUCGCUGUACCAGUGCUUUAAAUGCAAGCAAAAGACCAAAAUCUACGAGAUAUCCGAAUUGAAGCUCAAGUCUAAGCCCUUGAGGCGCGUCCAUCUGUUCCAUCACUUCAGAUAUCUUCCAUUCGUUUGCAAAGCGGUGACAGACGGUCAACGGGUGUGCAAUAAGGCAUUCUUAGGACAGAACUUCUUGAGGGCUCACAUCAAAGAGGAUCAUCGCGUGGAACUCCAAGAGCACCAGUUGUCUCGUUAUCUCAAACACAAACUCAUAC